AUUAAAAACAAUGGAAGAGUGCAAAGAAGUAGAAAACAGAUGCUCUACAACGCCCGCCAUUGAAGACGAAAAGGACAAUCUUUAUGAAGAGCUUUAUUUGAGAGCGAAUGCAAGGCGUAACUCUUUGAGCAAUGAGUUUAAGAUUUUAAGAAGCUCCUCCUUCAUCCCCAAAACACCUCGAUUAUUUGAGGCAUUGGAAUAUCAGCAUAUUUAUACAGAAAAGGAUCUUCUUGGCCUAAUGAAGACUUAUCUCGAGGAGAAAAUGACUACUGAGAAGGAGUUGAUUAAUACGAUGGAGAGAGAAAUGGAUUACCAGCUUAUUUCUCAUAUUCCAAAACAAAUUCAUGAAACCCUUCCAGAAAUCAUCGAGAAGUUAAGGUGCUUAGAAGUCCUUUAUUAUGUCAUAAUCAAAAAUUGUGAUUAUAUUGAAGAAAUUGGUACAGAUUUUGAAAUCAACUACGAAUGGGAUAUUGAAGAAAUUUAUAAAGCCAAGGAGAAAAUGUAUGAGCUCUACCCAUCAAUAAAUCCAGACACCAUUGAGGAGUUCCUCAAAGGGAAGAAAACCAUAUGUGUAUCAGCUGUAAAACUCACUAUGAAUGCAAUUGAGGGAAUGAAUGAUAUGCUCAAACAAUUUUUGGACGAAAAUUCAAAGACUAAGAAUUAUGUCAAACUCAGAAGCAUAGUGAUCUACACUAUUAAGCUCGCGUUCUGCGUUGAGUUUCUCUACUCCAGCCUUUCUGCUGAUAAAAGUAGUAUCUUCUUCAAUGAUACUAAUAUCGAAGAUAUCACUUUAUUGAACAAACACCUUGACGUCAUCCAUCCGAUGGAUCUUGAUAAGCAUCUUAAAAGAUUAGAGAAAGCCGGUAAAAACAUUGGCUUCUAUAUGGGGAUAGCUCAGAAAGGAUUUCAGCACAAAUCUUACACAAAAUCAUUCGUAUCAAUGGCUUAUUAUACAGCUAUUUAUGGACUCAACUGAAAGUCAGGGGCUAACAAUGGGCACCUCUUUUUGCAUACUUUAGAGCCAGAAACUUUUGAAAGAAUGAUCCAGUUCCCAGAAAAUAAGUACAUUCAAAAGUUUUUAACGGUGGCAGCUUCCGUACUUUCAAAGGUUGAACUUUGAAAAACUAUUUACGUUCCGAUAUCGAGAAUUGAUCAAUUAGAUCAUGAAACGUACCUUGAUAGCUCUUCUCCUUUUAUAGUGGAGAAUAGGAGUGGUCUCAACUUUAUGAUGACCGGAAGAGAUGUCUCUUCAGAUGACUAUGUCAAGGUUAACAUCAUUUCUAAUAAAGACUGGGGAAAAGUAAACUGGAAAAAGGGAAAACCACGUGAUCCUGAUGCCGAACCAGCUUAUGUAGAAGGCAUCAUAUUCUUUAUCCACGGAGGAGGGUUUAUCUCAACAAGCACAGGUGUUUAUCAACCUUUGCUGAGGAAGAUGAAUAAAGAAACUGGGUUUCCUAUUUUUAGUGUUGAUUAUAGGUUGGCACCUAAGUAUGCUUAUCCUACAGCUCUUAGUGAUUGAUGGAUGGUUUACUUAUGGCUUCAAUACUAUGCAGAAGAGUACCUGCAGCUUAAAUUCGACAAGAUAAUCCUUGUGGGAGACUCUGCUGGAGGUAACCUUUGCUCUGGAGUAACUCUUCUUUCUCUUCUGAAAAACUGUAAGGUUCCUACAGGGUUAAGCCUUAUUUAUCCUGCAAUGCUAGUCUCGAGGACACAUUUCUCGCCGUCGAUGCUAUAUUCCUUGGAUGAUUACAUUUUAAACACAGUAGUGUUAGAUUUCUGAGUGAAGUGUUACGACACCAAAAAUAGUGGGGAUAAGGAUUUCUUGCUUUCCCCUAACUUAGCACCUGAAGACAUCAUUGUAAAAGAGGAUAAGGUAAAAUUCCCGACAACAAGGAUCAUCAUCAGUGGAAAUGAUCCAUUAAGGGACACCAGUCUAUCAUUUAUCAUUAAGAUGGCUAAGCUAGGAGUAGACAUUGAAGCUGUAGAUUACCAGCACCAGAUGCAUGGCUUUAUCAUGUUCAAUAAAGGUCCAAUCGCCUUUAAGGAAUCCAAUCAUGCCAUUGAUAAAUGCAUUGAGUAUGUCAAAGAGAUCAUUGCUCAGUAGUUCUGGGCCGAUCCCAGGAUUAAUAGGCUAUUUUUCUUAGGAUUA